AUGAGAUCAUCUUUCUUGACAAGUGAAGAUAUACCAGUUGGUUAUCAUAAACCACCAUUUCCUUCACUGUAUUGGCCAAUAUCAAGUAAGAAGUAUCACGUAUCUUAUCUGUAUGAUACAAAGACCAUUUGGGAGUUUACAGUAUAUUGGAGUGUGAUUCUCAAUGGAGGGUUCUAUCUAAUAAGUGGCUUGAUGGCAAGUUACACACAUCGCAAGAGAGCUGGUGGUUUAUGGAUAAUGGUGAUUUAUCUUUUCAUAGGUUGUGCACAAGGUGUCGUCUUUGGAACAGUUACAGGAUAUCUAGUUAGUCAAAUUUACAUAUCAGGUCUGUUUGCAAUGUCAACGUGGAUCCCACUAUGUUGUGCAAUUACACAAGUGUUGUUUGAUCUAUGUAGCAGCUUUUCACUUGGUGGUAUGGUCAUGUAA